CUAAAACCGUGCCCUAACUCGUCCUACUGGUUUCCCAAUCCUCGGAUCCUAAACCCUUGAACUACAUCAACUCGGUUCUCUCUCAACCUCAGCCGUCGCUCAAAACCAGUCUCAAGUUGUUAGGAUCAUGGGAUCUCAAUUUGCGCCUGUGCCAAUAAAAUCAAGGAAACAGGACCCGGCAUGGAAACAUUGUCACAUGCUUAAGGAUGGGGAAAAGGUGCAACUCAAAUGUGUAUAUUGUAGCAAAGUGUUCAGAGGUGGUGGGAUUCAUAGGAUUAAGGAGCAUUUAGCUACUCUAAAAUCUGGCAAUGCAUCACCUUGUUCGAGUGUGCCACCUGAUGUUUGUGAUCAAAUGCAGAAGAGUUUGGAUGGGAUUACACCAAAGAGGAGGAAGACACAGAAGGUUGGGGAGGAAAUAAUGAGGAUUUCUGGUGGGGCAGAGACACAGAAGAUUGGGGAGGAGAUAAUGAGGAUUGCCGGUGAGGCAGAGACAUUGGCUAUUGAGGGUGAUGCCAAUACUGGACUGCAUAUGUUUGGAGCAAUGGAUCCCCUUGAACCCUGUUCAGCUUCAGGUUUGCUGGUUAAUCGGGAAGUGAGUAGUAGUGCUGCAAGGGAUAAGAGGAAGAGGGGGAGGAAAAGUUCUGCUAACACCAAUGCUCUUGCUUUUAACACUAGUGGGUUGGGUGCAGAUGCUGAUGCUGCUGCUACUCUUAACACUACUGGGUUGGAUGAAGAUGUUGUUGCACCUAACACUACUGGAUUAGGUGCAAAGCGAGUGAACAAUCAUUUGAAUAUGGCAAUAGGGAGGUUUUUGUUUGAUGUUGGAGCACCUCUGGAUGCUGUUAACUCUGUUUAUUUCCAGCCAAUGUUUGAUGCUAUUGUCUCAGUGGGAUCAGAAUCUCUAUUGCCUUCUCAAAAUGAUAUUCGUGGCUGGGUGUUGAAGAAUUCAGUUGAAGAAGUAAAAGCUGAUGUUAAUAAAAUAGCAGCAGCAUGGGGAAAGACUGGUUGUUCUGUUUUGGUUGACCAACAAAAGACAGAAACCAAAGUCCAGCUUAACUUUUUGGUUAAUUGUCCUGAAGGAAUGGUGUUUUUGAAAUCUGUGGAUGCAUCUGGUUUUUCAAGUUCCUCAGAUGCUUUGUAUGAACUGCUUAAGCAAUUGGUGGAAGAAGUUGGGCUUAAUAACAUCAUGCAAGUAAUAACUAAUAACGAUGAGCUAUGCAUUGCUGCCGCAAGAAGAUUAGCUGAUACAUUCCCUAGUCUGUAUUGGACUCCUUGUGCAGUUUGUUGUCUGGAUAUGAUACUCCGGGAUUUUUCAAAAAUUGGUUCAAUAAAUGCAAUAAUUGAGCAGGCAAGAUCUAUUACAAGAUUUAUGUACAACCAUAGUGAGGUCUUGAAUAUGGUGAGAAGGUAUACUUUUGGCAUUGAUGUUAUAGAGCCAGCGGUUACUCACUCAGCCACAAACUUCACAACAUUAAAAAGGAUAGUUGAUCUCAAACAGAAUUUGCAGUCAGUGGUUACUUCACAGGAGUGGGUGGACAGCCCAUACUCAAAGAAACCUGGCGGCCUGGAAAUGUUAGAUAUAGUGAGUAAUCAGUCAUUUUGGUCCACCUGUGAUCGGAUUACCCAGUUAACAAAUCCUCUCCUACGAGUUCUUAGAAUAGUUGGUAGUAAGAAGCGGCCAGCGAUGGGAUAUGUCUAUGCUGGAAUGUAUCGAGCAAAAGAAACAAUUAAGAAAGAAUUAGUUAAGAGGGAAGAGUAUAUGAUCUACUGGGAUAUCAUUGACCACUAUUGGCGACAGCAAUGGCAGCAUCCUCUGCAUGCUGCUGGCUUCUACCUCAAUCCAAAGUUCUUUUACAGCUUUGAAGGAGACAUGCCUAAAGAGAUUCACUCUGGGAUGCUUGAUUGCAUAGAGAGAUUGGUUCCUGAUAUUAGAAUGCAAGAUAAGAUUGUCAAGGAGCUACACUCAUAUAAGAAUGCUGUUGGAGAUUUUGGGAGAAAUAUGGCAAUUAGAGCCAGAGAGACCUUGCUUCCAGCUGAAUGGUGGUCAACAUAUGGAGGAAGUUGUCCAAAUUUAGCUCGUUUGGCCAUCCGUAUUCUUAGUCAAACUUGCAGUUCACGAGGGUUUAAUCGGAAUCAUAUUUGUUUUGAGCAAUUACAUGACGUCAGGAAUUGCCUAGAGCAUCAACGGCUCCGGGACCUCAUCUUUGUGCAGUACAACUUACGGCUAAAACAAAUCAGUAGAGGCUCUGAAGACAAAGAACAGAACUAUGUGGAUCCAAUAUCAGUUGAUACUGUCUCUGUUGUAGAAGAUUGGGUAAGGGAGGACAUAUGCUUCGAGGACUAUAGUAAUUCAGAUUGGAUGGCACUUGAUCAGCUGUCACUGAACACAAUGUUUUUAGGACUUCCAGUUGAUGAAGUUGAUGAGCUAGGUGCAGGUUUUGGAGAUGAAGAAAUUUUUGAUAGAUUGGAUGAGUAAAGUGUUGAAGACCAUAUUGUAUGUCAUUAUAUUGAGAAUUGAAGGGAGGCCAGUGGACUUUUCAAGGUGGUAGCUGCAGGGAAUGUUCUUUCUGGACUUGCAGUGCCAUCAACUCGAGCACUGAACUUGCCUGGCGAUGACAUUAUUUUGCAAUUGCUUAUAAUUGGUCUAAAUUUCUUUCAAAAACUUAGAAGAUUUCUACAAAUGAACUCCCAACAUCACCAGUGCUGAAAGCACAACAUUGGUGAUUCCGUGAGAGCAAUGUAAUAUCAGAAAGCUUAGGAAUCAGAAUAGAAAGGUGUAGUCAAGUUAAAUGAGCAAAAGAAAGAUACAGUACUUGGAUGUAAUUUUAGUAUGU